AUGGCUUCAACAGACCAAUUACAUAUCUCCAAUCUCUUCUCGCUUGAGGGCCAUGUCUGUCUGAUUACAGGUGGAGGAACUGGCAUCGGUCUCAUGGCCGCCCAGGCUCUAGCAGCAAACGGUGCCAAAGUUUAUAUCACCGGAAGGAGGCAGGAAGUUCUCGAGAAUGCCGCACGCACACACAACCCACAGUCAUCCAACACAUCCCUAAAUGGCCAGAUCAUUCCCAUUGGACCCUGCGACGUGACGGACAAAGAAUCGCUAGAGAAGCUAAACGACGAGCUGGAAUCCAAGGAAGAAUACCUCUCUCUUGUAAUUGCGGCUGCGGGCGUCUCUGGCCCUAAGGGAUACCCCGACACCAGCGACGCCAAGCAGAUGAAAGAGAACCUGUGGCAAGAACAAGUCGAGGAGUGGAAAGCGACCUAUAACACCAACGUCAUUAGCGUGUUUUUCUCGGUGGUCGUUUUUCUGCCUCUUCUCCAACGUGCACCUCGCAAGCUCGAUGCAAGCGUCAUUGUCAUCUCUAGCAUGUCUGGCUUGAUGAGACACUCUCAAAGCCAUUUCGCAUAUAAUGCGGCAAAAGCAGCCACAGCACACUUGUCACGGAUGAUGUCCAAGGAAUUUGCAAAGACCGGUGUUCGAGUUAACAGUAUCGCCCCGGGGUACUUCCCCUCGGAAAUGACUAUGAAAGAGUCGGAUGAGCGGAAUAAGGCUCAUAUGCCUGACGAAAAGGUCAAGGAUAAGGGCCAUGAGGUACCUGCCGGACGGUCGGGCACCGACGAGGAGAUGGCCAUGGGGGUUAUUUUCCUGACAAAAUGUGGUUAUGUGAAUGGAGAGGUGUUGAAGCUGGAUGGAGGAGUUAUGAACGAGGUUGGGGGCGGUUGA